UUUUGUUAAAGGAGGUAACCGAGGAAGAAAAGAUGCAAGCUACAGUCAUGGCUCUAGAAGGAAAAGCGUUGAGUUGGUACCAUUGGUGGGAGAAAUGCAACCCUAACCCUAAUUGGGAAGGUUUUAAGAUUGCUGUGGUACGUAGAUUCCAACCUUCAAUGGUUCAGAAUCCUUUUGAGCAAUUGUUAUCCUUGAAACAAACAGGCACCGUAGACGAGUAUGUCGAGGAUUUUGAAAAAUACGUGGGAGCCAUGAGAACCAUUGAUCAAGAAUUUGUGAGAGGAAUAUUCUUGAAUGGACUCAAACAGGAGCUACAAGCUGAGGUAAAAUUGUAUGAGCUUAACUCCUUAUCAGAAAUGAUUCAAAAAGUUAUAUUGAUUGAACAAAAGAACAUGUUAGUCAAUAUGAAAAAUGGUUAUAGUUAUGCUUCUAGAACUAACGGCAAUUCACGUAGCAUGCCCUAUUCUAAAACUAUAACCCUAGAAUCAAAGUUGAGUUCAGAUCAGAAAAGCAGUACCAUGAGUGGGACUGGCCAGAGUCAAAGUGUGGAAAGUGUUAAAAACAGAGGAGGGGAGUUUAAACAUUUAACCAGUGCUGAAGUCAGAGAGAAAAGAGAAAAAGGGUUAUGUUUUAGAUGUGAUGAACCUUAUAAUAAAGAACAUCGAUGUAAAAACAGACAAUUUAAGAUGAUCCUUAUGGAAGAAGAGGAGGAAGAAGGAGUAGAAGAAGGGGAGGAACCCCUUCAGUCUUUUAGAUCUUUGCAUCUAUCAUUGUGUUCCCUGUCUGGAUUCACUACGACUAGAUCUUGGAAAGUGGAGGGAUUGUUAGAAGGUGUAGCAGUGGUCAUCCUAAUUGAUUGUGGUGCUUCCCAUAAUUUCAUAGCUAUUGAGUUGGUGGAAAGACUGCACUUAACAGUUAUGGAAACCUCUCCUUACAUGGUAGAAGUAGGAGAUGGACAUAAAGUAAGAUGCAAGGGAAAGUGUGCACAGUUAAAAUUUCAGAUGCAGAACUUAGAAGCAAUCCAAGACUUUUAUUUGUUCACACUCAAGGGGGUUGACAUGGUGUUAGGUUUGGAUUGGCUAGCAGGGUUGGGAGAAAUUAAAGCAGAUUUUGGAAAGCUGGAACUAACUCUGAAACAAGGAGAAAAGUUCAUCAGAAUAGCUGGAAAUCCAGCCUUAACUAAAACUGAACUCCCUUUUGGAGCACUGAUGCAAGUUUUAAAAGAAGAAGGUGAGGGAUUAUUAAUUCAAUGUGAAAGAACCAAAACGGAAUUAGAUUCUCAAAAGACCCUACCAAAAAAUUUUCUGAAAUUACUAGACGAAUUUGAUGAGAUAUGUUCAGACCCAAAGGAGCUGCCUCCAGUUAGAAAGCAUGAUCAUGCUAUCCAUCUCAAAGAGGGAGCUUCAAUUCCUCAUUUGAGGCCUUACAGGUACCCACAUUAUCAGAAAACAGAGAUAGAAAGAUUGGUAGCAGAGAUGCUGGAAUCUGGGGUAAUUAGGCACAGUAUUAGUCCAUAUUCAAGUCCUAUUAUACUAGUGAAAAAGAAGGAUGGGGGGUGGAGGUUUUGUGUAGAUUAUAGAGCAUUGAACAAGAUAACGAUACCUAACAAAUUCCCUAUUCCAAUUAUAGAGGAACUUUUGGAUGAAAUUGGUGGAGCCACUGUGUUCACUAAAUUGGACUUGAAAUCGGGUUAUCAUCAGAGGAACUAUUGGAUGAAAUUGGUGGAGCCACUAUGUUCACUAAAUUGGACUUGA